AGUAAACAGAUUCUAUCUCGUCCUUUUUUUCUUCUUCUGCAAUCUACCUUGUGUUUAGUCAGGUUAAGUUAUAUAUAUUUUUUCAAUAAUAACCUGGUUAUUGAAAUAUACACUCAAGGUUUACCAACGUUUGACAGUGAACAUUUUCAGUUUCAUUUAGAGCAGAACCAACUCGCGCGCUGAUCAGUCCAACAUUUUCAUGGAUAAGGUUGACUUGUGACCUUAGAAGAUCAGCUGUCAUGUGAUGUAAAGCGUUGCCAAUCACAUUUAACGAGGGUGUGUGUGUGUGUGUGUGUGUGUGUGUGUGUGUGUGUGUGUAUAUAUGCUUCACUACACAGGUCUGAACCUGAAAAUGUUCUUACCGCUCAACUACUGGUCAACUAUCCGUGGGAACAACUCUUGCGACAAAUGUACUGAAGUAAAACAACACUACCUCUAAAAUGAGUCUCUCAGAGGUGAACGAAGAGGGCGCUGAUGCAAACAGGCGUAUCUUUGAGGACCAUGACGCUGUAAGAGAAGCUGAAAGGCUCCAUCAGGAGAGACCAGUCUCCCCUGUACACAGCUGCCAGUCCAUGAAGAGUGACUGGUCUAAGGAUGUACCUCUAUUUUUCGGGCCGGAGAGACCAGUCUCCCCUGUACCCAGCUGCCAGUCCAUGAAGAGUGACUGGUCUAAAGAUGUACCUCUAUUUUUCGGGCCGGAGAGACCAGUCUCCCCUGUACCCAGCUGUCUGUCCAUGAAGAGUGACCAGUCAAUGGAUGCACCAACAGAACCAAAAGUCCAAUGUGAGAAACUACAGGUUGAAACUGCCCAGAAUCAACGAACGGAUCUGAACUCAAUAUUCAGGGUGCUCGAAGACCGCGUCAUUGUUUUGGUAAAACGUGAGUUGAAGAAGUUCAAGAGGAUACUGAAUGAAGUUCAGAGGGAUGAUGAGGAAGUAGAUGCUGAAGAUGAGAAGCAGGAGAGCAGUGCCAGACAGGGGGCUCUGAAAAUCACACUACACAUCCUGAGGAUCAUGAACCAGAAGGAGCUCGCUGACACACUGGAGAACAGUCUUCUAGGAAAACUUGUGGCAUGUCAACAGAAACUGAAAUACAAUCUUAACAGGAACUUUAAGAAUGUGUUUGAGGGAAUAGCCAAGCAAGGAAACCCAACCCUUCUCAGUAAGAUCUACACAGAGCUUUACAUCACAGAGGGUGGAAGUGGAGAAGUCAAUAAUGAACAUGAGGUGAGACAGAUCGAGGUGGCAUCCAAGAGACCAGCAACACAAGAGACGCCAAUCAAAUGCAAUGACAUCUUUAACCUUUUACCUGGACAAGACAAAGGUAUCAGGACUGUGGUGACAAAGGGUGUCGCUGGCAUUGGAAAAACAAUCUCUGUGCAGAAAUUAAUUCUGGACUGGGCUGAAGGAAAAGGAAAUCAUGAUAUCCAAUUGAUAUUUCCACUUCCUUUUCGAGAUCUGAAUAUGAUGAAGGAGAAUAAAUACAGCUUGAUGGAACUUCUUCAUCACUUUUUCGUGGAAACCAAAGAAUCGGGAAUCUCCAACUUUGACAAGUACAAGGUCCUGUUUGUGUUUGAUGGUCUGGAUGAGUGUCGACUUCCUCUCGAAUUCAAGAACAAUGAGCGCUGUUGUGAUGUCACAAAGCCAACGUCAGUGGAUGCGCUGCUGACAAACCUCAUCGAGGGGAAUCUUCUUCCAUCUGCUCUCCUCUGGAUAACCUCCCGACCAGCAGCAACCAGUCAGAUCCCUCCUGAGUUUGUUGACCAGGUGACAGAGAUACGAGGGUUCAAUGACCAACAGAAGGAGGAGUACUUUAAGAAGAGAUACCAUGAUGAGAAGAACAUGGCCAACAGAAUCAUCGCACACAUAAAGACAUCAAGGAGCCUCUACAUCAUGUGUCACAUCCCAGUGUUCUGUAGGAUCUCUGCCACUGUCCUAGAGACGCUGUUGGGCGACGCACAGAGUGGAGAGAUGCCCAAGACUCUGACUCAAAUGUACAAACACUUCCUGAUCUUUACCAUGCUGCACAAAAAACUGACAUUUCCAAAGGGACCAGAGAAAACUGAGUCAGAUUCACAGAUGAAAACGGAUGCGGAGAUCCUCCUGAAACUGGGAAAACUGGCUUUCAGACAGCUGGAAAAAGGGAAUCUAAUAUUCUACGAGGAAGACCUGAGAGAGUGUGGCAUUGAUGUCACAGAAGCGUCCGUGUACUCAGGAGUGUGUACACAGAUUUUCAGAGAGGAGAAUGGGCUGUACCAGGAGAAGCUGUACUGCUUUGUUCAUCUGAGCAUCCAGGAGUUUCUGGGUGCUGUGUAUGUGUUUGUCACGUUCAACAACGACAGUUUAAAUCUAAUGGUAGAACCUGAAACUACCACCAGAAAACUUCAGAUGUCUGGCGACAUAUCUGAAGACAAACUUACAGCCAUCCUCCACAAGAGUGCAGUGGACAAGGCCUUACAGAGUGAGAACGGACACCUGGACCUGUUUCUCCGCUUCCUUCUGGGUCUCUCGCUGGACUCCAAUCAGACUUUUCUACGAGGCCUACUGACACAGACAGGAAGCAAGUCACAGACCAAUGAGAUAACAAUCAAUUACAUCAAGGAGAAGAUCAGGGAGAAUCCUUCUCCAGAGAGGUGCAUCAAUCUGUUCCACUGUCUGAAUGAACUGAAUGACCAUUCUCUAGUGGAGGAGAUCCAAAGCUACCUGAGAUCAGGAAGUCUCUCUGGAGCCAAACUGUCACCUGCACAUUGGUCAGCUCUGGUAUUUGUGUUGCUGACUUCAGAAAAGGAGCUGGAUGUGUUUGACCUGAAGAAAUACUCCAGAUCAGAGGAAGGUCUUCUGAGGCUGAUGCCAGUGGUCAAAGCUUCCAGGACAGCCCUGCUAAAUGGAUGUAACCUCACAGAGAGAUGCUGCGAAGAGUUAGCCUCUGUUCUCAGUUCAAACGCCUCACAGCUGAGAGAACUGGACCUGAAUGACAACGACCUGCAGGAUUCAGGAGUGAAGCUGCUCUCUGCUGGACUGGAGAGUCCGGACUGUAAACUGGAGACACUGAGGUUGUCAUUCUGUUUAGUCACAGAGGAAGGCUGUGGUUCUCUGGCUUCAGCUCUGAGGUCAAACCCCUCCCAUCUGAGAGGGCUGGACCUUACCCACAAUCACCCAGGAGACUCCGGAGUGAAGCUGCUCUCUGCUAUAGUGGAAGAUCCACGAUAUAAACUGGAGAAACUCAGUGUGGAUCCUAAUUCCGAGUGUUGGUUAAAAUCAGCGCUUAAGAAAUAUGCCUGUGAAUUGACACUGGAUCCAAACACAGCGUUCAAAAACCUCUCUCUGUCUGAGGAGAACAGAAAGGUGACACGGGUGGAAGGGGAGCAGCCGUAUCCUGAUCACACAGAGAGAUUUGAGAACUGGGAUCAGGUGCUGUGUAGAGAGGGUCUGACCGGACGCUGUUACUGGGAAGUGGAGUGGAUGGGGCACGAGGUCCAUGUUGGUGUAACAUACAGUGGAAUAGGAAGGGAAGGAAGGGGUCAUGACUGUGGGCUUGGAUACAAUAACAAGUCCUGGACUCUUAGUUGUAAUAAUGAUAUUUACACUGCCAGGUACAAUAAGAAGCCCAUAAUCGUACCUGACCACGCCUUCCGCUCCCACAGAAUAGGAGUGUAUCUGGACUGGCCGGCCGGCACUCUGUCCUUCUACAGCGUUUCCUCUGACACGAUGACCCACCUGCACACAUUCCACUCCACGUUCACUGAGCCCCUCUAUCCAGCAUUUCGGAUCUGGUACUGUGGCGCCUCUCUGUCCCUGUGCCAGGUACCGCUGAGCCAGGUACCGCUGAGCCAGGUACCGCUGUGCCAGGUACCGCUGAGCCAGGUACCGCUGAGCCAGGUACCGCUGAGCCAGGUACCGCUGAGCCAGGUAUCGCUGUGCCCCAGUGAAUACAAAGAAAGUAUUUAAAUGACAAAUUAACUGUAGCUUUGACAACCAGAACCGAAUCUUGCGGGAAGCUCUGGCCUCAGGCCAGAGAUAUGUUUUCAUCUGUCACAAGGUGAACUGUAGAGCACUUUAAAGCUUAGACGUAGUUUGCAUAUAUCCAUUGUGCACUUAUCAGGAGUUGACUGUAUUUUGUGUUCGAGUUAUUAAAGUAUCGAACUAUCAGUAUUCUGAGUUCAGUUAUAUGCUAGAUUUGGAGUAUGUAAAAAAUUAAAUUGUCCUGGGAUUUGACAUUUUUCAGUUCUAGAUCUGUGAUAUUAUUAUUAUUAUUUAAAAAAGCCUUUGUUUUGUAGAGCAAACUUUGAUGCGACAACAAUUUUUUUUGUGUGUGAAGAUUCUGCUGUUAAACCUGCGUUUUAUUCUUGGAUCGCUGAUUCGCUCAUUCAUGCAGAGCACAGGGAAUGAGUUCAUUCAUGCAGAGCACAGGGAAUGAGUUCAUUCAUGCAGAGCACAGGGAAUGAGUUCAUUCAUGCAGAGCACAGGGAAUGAGUUCAUUCAUGCAGAGCACAGGGAAUGAGUUCAUUCAUGCAGAGCACAGGGAAUGAGUUCAUUCAUGCAGAGCACAGGGAAUGAGUUCAUUCAUGCAGAGCACAGGGAAUGAGUUAAUUCAUGCCUGCCUGCAGAGCACAGGGAAUGAGUUCAUUCAUGCCUGCCUGCAGAGCACAGGGAAUGAGUUAAUUCAUGCCAGCCUGCAGAGCACAGGGAAUGAGUUAAUUCAUGCCUGCCCGCACAGCAAAGGGAAUGAGUUAAUUUAACUGUGGAUUUAAAAUACAGUGAAUGUUAUGUGUUGUCUCAAUGUAAAACUACACCACAAAGGAAGAUUCCUUAAAAAACAACACCACUCGAUCAGGGAGAAAGAGAGAGGCAGGAUGGGACGUGGAGUAAUGGCAGUGAUGUUUCUACAUUGAACAUUGAACAUGUACAUUUUAAAUAUCAAAUCAAUUUUUAUUGUUUUUAUACGCCGAAGAAAAUUAAACCGGUUCUUUUUUUUAAUUUAAUUUUUUUUCUCUCUCUUUCCUGUCCAAUAAAUAAAACACAAACAAAUCA